UUUGUCAUGUGUGUUCGAACUAAUGUCAAAGAAGUUGUCAUACCAGUGAACACAAUGUUUUUGUAAUUUAUUUUUCGUAGAAUAACCUGUAAAGAACAUAAAAAGUGCUCAAAAAUCAGUAGUUUAACUUUAGUAUUAAGUGUUAGUGAGUGGUUAGUGCUAUCACUAUGUCGGAAGACGAUGAAAACUUGCAUCGUUUGGCGGGAUCUUCUGGUGAUGCCCCGGGUGGCUUAAUCAUCAAAAAGAAGGAACCUCCGGGGGAGUUUCAGUUCGCCAAGCCUUCGUUGCUUGGUCUUGAUAAACUGGCGGCCGCUAAACGCAAGCAAAACCGGCUGAUAUCAUUUCAAGACGACAAUAAUGAUGAUGAAGUGGAGGAUAACAAAACUGAUGCCAGUGGAUCGAAAGAACGUAAAUAUAGGAAGCAUAAUGAAGAAACUCCUACUUAUACCGGUGGUAUAUCGGAGCAAGCGCGGGAACGCAUGCUGGAGCGGUUACAGAAAAGGGAAAAAGAAGCGAAAGAAAAAGGUGUACACCACUCCACACAAGAAGAAAAGAAAUCACGUUCAAAAGAUGAUGAGGAUGACCGUUACUACCGGCAUCGGUACGACAGGAGGGACAGAGACAGAAGAAGAGAUGACAGGAGGGAUGAUCGGAGGGAUGACAGAAGGGACAGAGAUAGGGAUAGACGGAGGGACGGUAGGGACUCUGAUAGAAGGGAUAGGGAUAGUGACAGAAGAGGUGAAAGUUCCAGAAGAAGUUAUUAUGAACCUAGGUUUAAGGAUGAGCCUAGGACUCCCAGCAUGAAAGUAUUAAAACCGACUGACAAGACACCCUGGGAUGAUGAUGAUGAUGACAAGGCACCUCUCCGCAAGUCCAGUUGGGACUUCCCAACGCCACUGACUAAAGAUGGUGGUGGUGAUCGGUCACAGAGAAGUGAUCGGUAUGGCAAGCCGAUGAGGGAUUAUAAGGGACGACCGUAUGAGAAUACGCCAAGAGCUACACCACAUAAAUUUGCUAGUUCGCGUCGUGGUGCUGAUAUUGACGAUUCAGAUUGGGAAGAGGCUGAAAAGAAACUAGAUCGAGCUUGGUAUAAUAUGGGUGAAGGUGAAGCCGACGAAUCGGAUCCCUUCGCGGGCACAUCAGCGGAGUACGUGUCUCGCAAAGAGGAACAGAUAGAAAAGAGGCGCAACCGCAAAGUUUCCGCCCAGAGACAACAGAUAGACAAGGACAAUGAGCUGUGGGAGAGGAAUAGGAUGCUCACCAGUGGUGUUGUCCAUGCUAUUAAUGUUAAUAAUGAUUUGGAUGAGGAGAACGUAGACCGAGUACAUUUGUUAGUACACAACAUAGUGCCGCCAUUCCUCGACGGUCGCAUCGUCUUCACCAAGCAGCCCGAACCUGUCAUACCUGUAAAAGAUCCAACUUCAGAUAUGGCAAUGAACGCCCGCAAAGGUUCUGCGCUAGUUAAAGCAUUCAGAGAGCAGAAGGAACGCAGAAAAGCGCAGAAAAAACACUGGAAGUUAGAGGGAACUAAGAUCGGUAAUAUAAUGGGCAUACAGAAGAAAGAAGAAGAGAUGGAGGAUGGACCAACUAAAGAUGCUUACAAAUAUGCUGAGCACAUGGAUAAUCAACCUCAAGAAGUGGAAUCGAAGUCAGACUUUGUGAAGAAGAUGACAAUAUCUGAACAGAGGCGGUUCUUACCUGUGUUUGCUGUCAGAGAAGAAUUACUUCAAGUUAUUAGAGAAAAUAGCGUUGUCAUUAUUGUUGGUGAGACGGGCAGCGGUAAAACUACGCAGCUAACUCAGUACUUACACGAGGAAGGGUUCAGUCGUCUCGGUAUGAUCGGUUGUACGCAACCCAGGCGCGUCGCCGCUAUGUCCGUCGCUAAGAGAGUGUCCGAUGAGAUGAAUACUAAGCUUGGUGACGAAGUGGGCUACGCCAUCCGUUUCGAAGACUGUUCAUCACCCAACACGGUGAUCAAGUACAUGACUGACGGUAUCCUGCUCCGCGAGGGUCUACGCGAGCCGGACCUGGACAACUACUGCGCCAUCAUCAUGGACGAAGCUCAUGAGCGGUCACUGUCUACCGAUAUGCUGUUCGGAUUGUUGAGAGAGGUGGUAGCCCGUCGUUCCGACCUGAAGCUGAUCGUGACAUCAGCUACCAUGGACUCCACAAAGUUCUCCACAUUCUUCGGCAACGUCCCGACAUUCACCAUCCCUGGACGUACCUUCCCCGUUGAGACUUUCUUCGCCAAGAAUGUCUGCGAAGACUAUGUGGAUGGUGCUGUGAAACAGGCGCUUCAAAUACAUUUGCAGCCUGAAGAAGGAGAUAUACUUAUAUUCAUGCCUGGACAGGAAGAUAUUGAAGUGACUUGUGAGGUGUUAACAGAACGUCUAGCAGACUUGGACAGUGCGCCCCCCCUCACAGUGCUGCCGAUAUACUCGCAGCUGCCAGCUGACCUGCAAGCCAAGAUCUUCCAGCGAGCACCACCAGGACAGAGGAAGUGUAUCGUCGCUACAAAUAUUGCUGAGACAUCACUGACGGUCGAUGGUAUUAUGUACGUAAUAGAUAGUGGAUACUGCAAACUGAAGGUGUACAACCCAAGGAUCGGUAUGGAUGCGCUACAGAUCUACCCAGUAAGUCAAGCAAACGCUAGACAGCGUGCCGGCCGCGCCGGGCGAACGGGGCCCGGCAAGGCCUUCUGUCUAUACACACAGCGGCAGUACCAACAUGAGUUGUUAGCCUCCACCGUGCCUGAGAUACAGAGGACCAAUCUAGCUAACACUGUGUUACUGUUGAAGAGUCUGGGUGUUGAGGAUCUGUUGGCUUUCCAUUUUAUGGACCCGCCGCCGCAGGACACGAUCCUGAACUCGAUGUACCAACUGUGGAUCCUGGGCGCGUUAGACGGCACGGGCUCGCUAACCCCGCUGGGGCGGCAAAUGGCGGAGUUCCCGCUCGACCCGCCGCAGUGCCACAUGCUCAUCGUCAGCGCAGAGAUGGGCUGCAGUGUUGAAGUGCUUAUUAUUGUAUCGAUGCUGUCAGUGCCGUCAGUGUUCUACCGGCCUCAGGGUCGCGAGGAGGAAGCUGACUCCGUCAAGGAAAAGUUCCAAGUGCCCGAGUCUGAUCAUCUUACUCUACUGCAUUUGUACAACCAGUGGAAGGCUAACAAUUACUCAGGCCAGUGGUGUACCGAACACUUUGUUCACGGCAAGGCGAUGCGUAAAGUACGCGAAGUGCGUCAACAGCUGAAAGACAUCAUGCAACAACAACGACUGCCGCUCGUGUCGUGUGGGACUGACUGGGAUACUGUCCGCAAGUGUAUCUGUUCAGCAUACUUCCAGCAAGCAGCUCGCCUCAAAGGCAUAGGAGAAUACGUGAACUGCCGCACAGGCAUGCCUUGUCACCUUCACCCGACUUCAGCACUGUUCGGUCUUGGCAACUCGCCCGACUAUGUGGUCUACUACGAGCUGAUGAUGACCACGAAGGAGUACAUGCAUUGUGUGACGGCUGUCGAUGGGAGAUGGUUGGCUGAGCUGGGACCCAUGUUCUUUUCGGUUAAGGAGACUGGCAAAACAAAUCGCGACAAACGCAAAGAAGCAGCCGUCCACCUCCAACGAAUGGAAGAAGAAAUGAAGCAAGCAGAACAGAAGAUGGCAGAAGAACGAAAGAGAAGAGAAGAAGACGUGCCAGUUAAACAGGAGAUUGCGACGCCAGGACUCAACACGCCUAGGAGAACGCCACAUAGGCUGGGACUUUGAAAAUAACUGUAUUUUUGAUAGGCUUAAAUGAAAUAAAGGAUUUUUUCAC